AAACCAGCUGUUAUUUCAAUAAUCCAAAAUUCCAAAAAAUAAACAAUGAAACUUUUAUUUUAGGUCCCAUUGCAAUAUUUAAUUAAUUAAUUACUGCCAAAUACAAAUCAUGUAAUAAGUAAUAACAAAUUCUACAAUGGCUUACUUUCACUAUCGCUGUGGUGAAAGAAUAACAUUACAAAACGAUAACUGUACUGCAGUUCGAAAUGACAACGAUUUCGAUCAUGGAUUAGUUAUAACAGCGGAACCUUUAGUAAAUGAUGUUUUGUUUGAAAUUCGUAUAGACAGAAAAGUAAAUUCAUGGUCGGGAAGUCUGGAGAUAGGUGUAACGGAAUGUGACCCCUUACAUUUUGAAUUUCCUGCCUGUGCAUCUCGGCUGCAAAAUGGCACAUGGAUUAUGGCCGGGAACUCUAUACUAAAAGAUGGUGCUCUUCUAACUGAAAGGUACGGGAUUGAUUUGGAUUGCUUGAAUCAAGAUGAUCGUGUCGGCUUGAUGAGAACUAACGAGGGUGAUUUAAUAUUUUUUAUAAAUGGCGAGUCGCAAGGUGUUGCAGCUGAAAAUUUACCAACUGUCGUUUAUGGUGUUGUGGAUUUGUAUGGGAAAUGUGUCCAAGUAACGAUUACCAAUCCUGUUCUACGUGAACACAAUAAUGACGACUGUCUAAGCGGGAGUUCGGUCUUGGCGAUUGAUAACGAUAUCUUAAAUGUUACCCUUGGUGCUGAUCUUAGCGAGUUGAGUUUGAGCAGUAGCAAUAGUUUGGAUAUUCGAAUGGAUAUGAACGUUAGUUUAAAUCUGCCAGAGGAGAUGCGAAAUUUGGACAAGUUAAAGUUUCACGAGCGUUGUGGGUCAUUAGUGAAAUUAUCCAAUGGACAACGUUCCGCGGAAAGGCGGCGUCCGUUAGAUGAAUUUAAUAAUGGUGUCGUCAUGACGCAUAGAACAUUGCGCGAUGCUGAAUUAUUUGAGAUCCGUAUAGACAGAUUGGUAGAUAAAUGGAGCGGUAGUAUUGAGAUGGGUGUAACCACACAUAAUCCCAAUUCUCUCGUUUUUCCUGCGACCAUGACGAACAUGCGAAGCGGAACCAUAAUGAUGUCCGGCUGUGGAAUAUUAACAAACGGGAAGGGGACGCGUCGCGAAUACGGCGACUUUAAUUUGGACGAGCUGAACGAGGGGGACCGGGUUGGGAUGGUUCGUAAGACGAACGGUGACCUGCACUAUUUCAUAAACGGAUCCGAUCAAGGGGUUGCCGCUCAAAGAGUGCCUGUGGCGACGUGGGGUGUGAUAGAUUUAUAUGGUAUGACCAUAAAGGUUUCCAUUGUCGAAAGGGACGAACGUGAGGAGCACAACCUGAAUAUGAGGCGAUCGACGCGCGUCGAAGAACAUUUAUAUCCUGCCAUUGACACUCAACCAGUCUCCGAUUAUUACGAUAGGCUAACAUUCCACACAAAUUGUGGCGCUCACGCACAAGUAAUAAAUAACGGUCGCACCGCCUUACGGCCUAACGCCGCCGACGAUUUUAAUAACGGCGUCGUCUUAACAUCGCGUCCAUUGAAAACGGGGGAAUUGUUUGAGGUUAGACUAGAACGAGUUGUCACCAAAUGGGCGGGCUCGAUUGAAAUCGGUGUCACCACUCACAGCCCAACGGAACUGGAGUUUCCCUUUACAAUGACCAAUGUUCGGUCCGGUACCUGGAUGAUGACCGGCAGUGGAAUUGUGCAUAAUGGUACUACCGUUUUGGAGCAGUAUGGAGUGAAUUUGGAUCGACUGCAAGUAGGAGACCGGGUGGGUGUAGUGCGUAAGGAGAGUGCCCUUCUGCAUUUUUUUGUAAAUGGUGUCGACCAAGGUACUGCGGCAACUAAUGUUGCAGAUAGGGUCUAUGGAGUUAUUGAUUUAUACGGGCAAGCAGUAGAGGCUUCUAUUGUAGAUAUAUUCGAUUAUAAUUCUCCUGAUACCUUACAUUCCAGUUUAUCAAAUACAACGCUGUACAGUGACUUGCGUUUUCAUCCGGUUCAUGGCAAAAAUGCCCGUAUUAUAAUGAACGGGCAAACGGCGGUGCGACCUAGACCUUUGGCAGAAUUUAACGACGCCAUUGUAUUUUCGAAUCGGCCACUAAGAGACGGCGAACUCUUCGAGGUUACGCUAGAAAAUAUGGUCGAUCGGUGGUCGGGUAGUAUAGAGAUUGGGGUGACGGCGGCACGACCUGACGAUUUGGAACUGCCAAGUACCGCUACCGAUUUGGCUCACGAUACGUGGAUGCUUAGCGGCUCGUCUAUUAUGGAGAAUGGGACGACGAUAAGAAAUAAUUACGGGUGCGAUCUGGAUACUUUAGGUGCAGGCGUACGGAUCGGCGUGAUGAGAAGUGCCGAAAAGACGUUGGAGUUUUACAAGGACGGCGUACCUCAAGGACUCGCGUGCGUCGUUACCCAUUCUAAUAUUUACGCUGUCGUUGAUUUGUAUGGGCAAUGCGCGCAAGUCAGUAUUCCAUGUAUAUCACCUGUUGCACCUUUAGCAUCGGUCGCCGUAGAGAGUUGUCCUCGCUCCGACACCUCGGCGUCUCUGCAGGCGACCAGUGUGAUGCAACCGGUUAUCGAAGCUGAUCUACACAGAUUUCACGAAUGCCAUGGUAAAGGUAUAACACUUAGUCAAGCCGGUCAAAUAGCAGUUAGAGGGAAAGAGAUAAGCCAUUGUAUUGCAUUCAGCUCUACUCCCUUAAUCCAAGAUGAAUUGUACGAAUUUGCAAUUCUUUAUGUAGCACCUCAGUUCUGUGGAACACUGUGUCUUGGCAUAACCACUUCUGAACCUUCGAUGGCAAUAGGCUCUUUACCUUCAGACACUUGUUACAUCACAGGCAACCAGAUGCGAAUGAAAAAUAAAAUUUUGCACCAGUUUACUCCGAGUUUAAAUUGGUUAGGCGUAGGCGAUCGACUUGGAUUACUGAGGAUGCACGACGGUACUGUUAAAAUACUAAUAAACGGUGAAGAGUUGCAUUUAAACUUUCCCAAUAUUGGCGAAAACGUCUACGCAGUUGUCGAUUUACGCGGGUCGUGUUCGGCAAUCGUAGUUACCAGUCGGAAGGUCCCAGUCUCGCCUCUUACCGUCGUACAUCUACAAGAUAGUUUGGAAAUCGCUUUAGAACAAGAUCGAUUAAAAACCGAGCCAUUUUCAUCCGAAGUCAAUAAACACGUCCCUGUCGAACUUAGCAAACCUAUUUUGUACGAGUUUCACGAAAAUCAUGGUCGUAAUAUAGAAUUAUUAGGCGAACGUAGUGUUGCCAGAAGGGUCGCAUCGUAUAACCAAGGGUUGGUGAUCGUUCAACCAGCUCUUCAACCAGGAGAGACGGUGAAAGUGUUACUGGAACAGCUCGAUGUGAAAUGGUCCUCUUCACUUAUGCUAGGCGUAGUGUGCGGAGCAGCGGAACGGUUCAAUCUCCCAGUAACGGGUUUAGCUAUCAAAUGUUCCAGCUGCAUUGUAGCGAGCGACUGGGUUUCUAUUAACGGCGUUAAGUCAAAGUCAAACUACAACAAGCUUAGCUGUUUGACAGCAGGCACAUUUGUUAGUUUGAUGCUUACCGAGGCCGGUCAGGUGCAAAUUUAUAUUAAUGGAGUUCCAGAGCCACCUUUGCAGUUUGAUUACAGUCAACCUUGUUAUGCAAUAUUCGAUUUAUAUGGGCAAUGUCAGCAGAUCAAGAUAAUUAAUGAAGUCGAAGGGAAACCGAAUCCCUCCUGUAGUACAGAUUUGGAAAAGGCCGAUCUCGAAUCCUGCGAGAAGGAACGGUCCGAGACGAGUUUGUCUCUCCCGCUAACAUCUACAACCGCGAUUCCAUCACCAAGCAAUCCGAAUUACGGCUCACCCAUAUCGCCGCAUAAACCCUGCACUUACAAGGAAGAGUGCGAAAAAUAUAAGAAAUUGUUGCUGCUUCCAGAUGAAUUUUUCUUAUCCGAAGAAGCUCUUUGUUUUUGCUCGGAGUGUACUAAAUUAAACGAUCCUGUCAAGGAGGAAGACUUGAAAGGAUGGGUUAAAUUCUCGUUGCGCAACUGGCAUAAUUUGCAAACGGAGAAGUGGCAUACCGCCUUUUAUGGCACACGAUUGGGAUUCGUCCGAAGUAUUCUAGAUAGGGGGCAACCGUUUACACGAGAUCAAGAGCGGUUUGGAAACUUGGUCUGUCAGAAGGAGGACGAUUUACAAAUUGUAUUGACCCCUGCUCUAGAAAAUUGUGUUUUGGACUUUUUUAAAUUUGAUGAUAGCAAAGAGGUUUGUGCGGUUUUUCAAUUAUUGGUUAAACCAGGAGCGUAUUCCGUGGCGAGGGAUUGUCCAGAAUGGAGCACUAAAGAAACUGGUGCUCUUAUUCUACAUGCGCUAUUGUUACGAAUUAAUUUGCCGUAAAUGACAUUCUUUUUUUAUGUCUACAAUUUUGUUCUAGUCACAAGCGUAACGCUUUAAUUUAUAUUUUUUAUUGUACAUUCCUUUCGAAUAUUAGCAGUAAGGAAACAUUAAAUAUUUCUAUUAUUGCAUUUUAA